AUGGAACUAUACCGAAAGACCCUAACUUCAGCCACAUGGUGGUCACUGGUGAUCUUCAACCUACUCACCUUUAGCUCUUGCAAAAAUCAACCCGAGUCCACAGUUCCCUCUUGGAAGAUAAAACUCAUUGCUAAUAGUACUUCGCAUGUGACAUAUUUGGUCGACUUAGAACGGGCUAUCGAUCAUAUUCUCAGAGUUCAACUUGUGCAGGUGCCAGUUUUCAAAGGGAAAGAACUGAUUGUUCUGCAGAAUAUUAUGGCUCUCCUGGACAACUUUAAUCCCCUCUACAAAUACAAAAAAGGAAAAGCCAAUAUAAAAAAUAUAAAUAGGUUUAUAAAAUCCCAAACAGAGGUAUCACAAGAAUAUUUUAAGGGUUUAGCUAAUGACGAUGAGUUUGCAACAGAAAACUACAUAGGAGACGACUACAUUGGCUGCUUAGGUUCUCAGUCCGGAUUGCGGGGCUUCAACUGUUCCCUCUGGAAUCUAUUCCACUAUUGGACAGUGCAAUCAUCCUUUUCUCCGGAACUCUUUCAGCCCGGAGCUGUUCUUUGGACACUUCAUGGAUAUGUCCACCACUUUAUGAAUUGCUCAGAGUGCUAUCUAAAUUUCUGGUUCUACGUUCAGGAACAUCAGAUCGAGGAUGUGAAGACCCAUGACGAGGAGAUCCUCUGGCUGUGGAGAGCCCACAAUUACUUCAAUAGGAAAUUGGCUGGUGAUGUCACUGAGGAUCCAUGGUUCCCUAAAAAGCAGUUUCCAGAGGAUAAAUAUUGCCGGAAAUGUCGUUGGAAGGGAAAAUGGCAAAAUGAUAAAGUGCUGAAAUAUCUGAAAAAUAUUUAUAGUUCGAUUUCGGAAGUGGUUGGAUUAAUAAACAAAGAAGAAGAGCCAUGA